GUCGGUUCAUGCAGGCCAUUAGCUCCUGCACUUACGCGCGGUCACGGUCAAUGCAAUUGCUAGAUGCGCACCGACCGCGUGCUCCUAGAUUUUAAGCCUCCGUCCCUUUCGAGUAUGCUGCCUCAGUCGUCCAUCGCUGCUCAAAAGCAUGAUCGCUCUUGCCUGCGGCUUGCUCGGCCUUGCAAUGCUAUGCACAGCGCAAUUGCCGAUCUCGACAGCGACAGAUACGGUCGUCUGCCCGCCGGCAGGUAGUCAUCUCGUUCUGGUCGUACGUGGCACGCUAGAGAAGCAAGGAACAUGUCAGCCUUGCGAUGCUGCUCUUUCAGCCUACUCCCAGACGGGCGCAGUCUACUACCGACAUGAUGUGAUCUACCCAGCUUCGUUCGAUCAGAUGUCUACACCUGCUACGCAAGCUGUCGUCAAUUGGACGAGUACUUGCCGAGAUUCGAAAAUUGUGACGUGCGGCUACAGUCAGGGCGCUGCUGCUUCUACUCGAGCCAUGUCCAUCAUCAGGAAUGCCAACGCAGGCGCGAUCAACUUUGGUAAUCCCGGCAGAAGACCGAACCUGCUUUCCUCUGUCGAUCAGUACGGUCGGAAGGACAAUCGUACGACGCAAGGCUUCGAGGGAGAUGUUGGCAUUCCCGCAGACUGGGACAGAACAGAUCGCGUCCUGGAUAUCUGUGGCACGUCGGAUCCUUACUGCUCACUGGGUCCUCUUUCCUUCCCGACGAGCCUCGUCGAUCUGCCAGGACAUCUCAAAUACAACGAGGCGCCAACGCCUGCUUUGGUCUCUGGCUGGCUCACUCGCUUCUUCGCUCAGCCGUUGCAAAGGACGGUCGUGUCCGUUGUUCCGGAACGAUGAUCUUCAGAUGAUGCAAUUUAUACGGUGUUCGUGCUUGCUAUGCAGUUAUGCUUUGUCGCUCUUUCUCGGCGGGCGAAACUUAAGUUCGCUCGCGUCCUCUGUGCGGAAAUCAGCUGUUGCGUGCGAGCGUAUCAGCAAUGUAGCAUGGUAGUACUGCGGUGCCUACGAGGAAUCUGU